AUGCUGAUAUACAUACUCAUUCACAGUGAUAACAAAGGUGCCAUCAGUGCCUUCCAUAAAGGCCAUUGUUUGAACCUCACCUCCAACACAUGUAUUAAAUGCACAGAAGCUACACUUUGUGUGGUAGAUCUCUCAAUAUCUCUUAUAUAUGUUCACACCAGUAUCAACUUAGCAGACCCUAUUUCAUGA